UCCAAUAGAUGCAUGGUAGAAUUAAUAACACAACUUUUAUAAUUAUUUAGCAUAAAAGAGCAUAUGAUAAAAUCUUUCUUAAUUGCAGAACUUGCUUACGUGUCAAAGGUGGAUAAUAAAACAGAUGUUUACAGCUUCGGAGUGGUAACAUUGGAAGUUAUUUUUGGAAAGCAUCCUAGGGAACUCAUUUCAUCACUCUUAUCAUCAGCGUCUUCAUCAUCCUCAUCACCAUCAACUGUCUAUCAUUUACUGUUGAAUGAAGAGAUAGACCAGCGUCUCGCUCCUCCUGUGAACCAAGUGGCUGAGGAAGUAGUGGUUGCAGUGAAGCUAGCAUUUGCAUGUUUGCAUGCUAAUCCCCAAUCUCGACCAACCAUGCGACAAGUUUGUCAGACACUCUCAAGACAGUGUCCACCAUUGUCAAAGCCUUUCUCCAUGAUUACUUUGGGUGAACUGCUAGGUCAUGGAGGUGAAAGUAGCUGAGGGUUUUCACUCCUCCAUCUAUUAUGUGUAUAUUUGUUAUCAAGCAUUAUGUGUGCGUUGGAUUUUAUUUUUCAUUUUGUCUGGGAUUUGUGUUUUCUUAUUUCAUUCAAGUAUAGUUUGCACAAAAAGGUUUUACAAUCUGCUUUAUAAACCAAGUGUUAUGAAGUAGCUUUCGGUGAAGCUUUGAUUCA